UAGAGGGAUACAGGAUCUGCUGGGGAUGCCUGACUGCCUAUUUCUGUGCUUGUCCCUGGGUUGCCUAUUAAGGGAUUUGCAAGGCAGUGCGGCUCUGAGCCAGGACUUGUAAUCAUGGGGCUGCAGCCCUUGGAGUUCAGUGACUGCUACCUGGACAGCCCUUGGCUGAGGGAAAGGGUACGAGCACAUGAGGUGGAGCUGGAAAGAACCAACAAGUUUAUUAAGGACUUACUGAAGGAUGGCAAAAAUCUUAUUGCUGCUACCAAAAAUCUGUCCACAGCUCAAAGGAGGUUUGCCCAUUCACUGCGAGAAUUUAAAUUUGAGUUUAUUGGUGAUGCAGAGACCGAUGAUGAGAGAUGUAUCGAUGCUUCUCUUCAGGAGUUUUCUACUUUUUUACGAAACCUUGAAGAGCAAAGAGAAAUUAUGGCAUUAAAUGUAAAUGAAACUCUGAUUAAACCCUUGGAACGAUUUCGUAAAGUGCAACUGGGAGCUGUAAAGGAAGAAAAGAAGAAGUUUGAUAAAGAGACUGAAAAAAAUUACAGCCUUCUAGAUAAACAUGUAAAUUUAUCUGCUAAGAAGAAGGAGUCACUUCUGCAAGAGGCAGAUGGCCAAGUGGAACAAAAUCGGCAGCAUUUUUAUGAGCUGUCACUGGAAUAUGUGUGUAAACUACAAGAAAUCCAGGAGCGGAAAAAAUUUGACUUUGUGGAACCUAUGUUGGCAUUUUUUCAAGGGAUCUUCACGUUCUACCACCAAGGGUAUGAACUUGCUAAAGAUUUUAACCACUACAAACUGGAUUUACAAAUUAACAUCCAAAAUACACGGAAUCGCUUUGAUGGAACACGGUCGGAGGUUGAGGAACUCAAGAAUAAAAUCAGGAAAAAUCCCAAAGAGCAUAAAAGAGCCAGCCGGUUUUCAAAGGAAGGGUAUCUCUAUGUGCAGGAGAAACGACCAGCUCCAUUUGGCUCAAGCUGGGUAAAACACUACUGCAUGUUUAAGAAGGAGUCCCAAACGUUUACAAUGUUCCCAUACGAGCACAGGUCAGGAGGAAAAAUUGGUGACGGAGAAAGUUUCACACUUAAUUAUUGCACUAAAAGGCAUCCAGAUACAAUAGACAGAAGAUUCUGUUUUGAUGUUGAACCUGUAGAAAGGCCUGGACUACUUAUUACUAUGCAAGCGUUUUCAGAAGAGGACAGGAAUCUGUGGAUGGAAGCAUUGGGUGGCAAAGAAGCUCAACUUCUCAGCUUGAGCAAAUCAAUUUCAAGACCAGAGGGAGGUGCUCAGCUAGACCAGUUUGGAUUUGCUAUUGUGAAAAAUUGUAUCCGUGCGGUUGAAUCCAGGGGUAUCAAUGACCAAGGGUUGUACCGGGUUGUCGGGGUGAGUUCAAAGGUCCAGAGACUUCUGAGUUUGCUGCUCGAUGUACAAGCAUGUGGUGAAGUGGACUUGGAUAGUGGUGAAUGGGAGGUGAAGACAAUAACUAGCGCUUUGAAACAAUACUUAAGAAGCCUGCCAGAACCACUGAUGACAUACGAGCUGCAUGAACAAUUCAUCAGUCCUGCCAAGUCUGGAAGUCCGGAGUCCAGGGUAAAUGCAAUACAUUAUUUAGUUCAUAAACUUCCAGAGAAGAACAGAGAAAUGCUGGAUGUCCUAAUUAAGCAUUUAGCAAAUGUUUCAGAACAUGCCAAAGAUAAUCUGAUGACUGUGGCUAAUCUCGGAGUAGUGUUUGGCCCAACAUUAAUGAGACCCCAGGAGGAAACUGUUGCAGCUAUAAUGGAUUUAAAGUUUCAAAACAUUGUGGUUGAAAUCCUUAUAGAAAACCACGAGAAGAUAUUUGGAAAUCCUCCUGAUGAACCCUCAAAUGAGCCAAUGUCCAUAUCCCCUCCCAGCGCUCCACCAAGACAAUCAAGGAGACACGGCCAACGAAGCAGACGUCCUGUUGCCGUAUACAACCUUUGCCUGGAGAUAGACAAUGUUGAAAAUCACAGCUCUACAAAAGACGACACACCUACCGGCAGCUUGGAUUCCCUUUCUCCCCAGUCACUGACCCCAACCACAAGCUACACAAGCCCGGCUGCUGAUGAAAACAAUCAUCUUAUUACAGAUAGCGGUGACCUUGCCGACUGGGUUGAAAGCAGCUUAGCUCGUUCUUCGUUGGUAUCAUGGAUAAAUAAUGAGACGCCAGCAUUAAAUACAGAAGCUACCUCAAGCACAGACGACUCAUUACCUGCACCAGAUAUUGAAGAGUCAUCUUCAGUCAUGCCUAUGUACAGCCCUUGUGAAACACCUACAGAAAGCUUUAGUAACAGGAAGGCAAAAGCUGUUUACCCAUGUGAAGCUGAACAUAGCUCAGAAUUAUCUUUUCAAGUUGGAGCUGUUUUCGAGAAUGUAUCAAAGAGAGAGGAACCAAUGGGAGAUACUUUGAAACACACUAGAACAUACAAGCCCAUACCAGGAUAUCAGGAAAAAAAUGGAUAAUGUUAAGUUCAUUUCUCGAGGGAACCAGGAUGGCUUGAAGGGACUUUGAAUGGCAGGAGAGGACUUAUUCCACAAAAUUAUGUUCAGUUUCUCUAGCUGUGUGUGCUCGAUUGUUCAGAAGCUGUACAUGGUAUCCAUGGAUUUUCUGUUCGUCACGCUACUUGUUUCGUGACUGCUUUUAUCACCUGACCAGACUUCAGUUGGAUAAAGGACUUUUGUGAAAAGUCCUUUAAAUAUUGCCAAACUGAAAUUACUUUUUUUUAAAUGUUUUAUUAGACCAUAUACAUUUGCAUUUGUUGUCUUUUAAAAAAUAUAUAUAUAUAUCAUCACCACUCUCAAGUUUAAUAUAUGAAUAUUUUUUUCACAUUUCACACAUCAUUCCUAGGUAAUGAGAGUGUUUUAUGCAACUAUAUUUAAUUAAAUUUAAAGGUUUAUUUUAUUGCCUUGAUGACUACAAAUUAAAGAUUAAUGACACGCAUGAGCUGAAAUCUAGCACACACACACACAUAUAAUGCAGCUGGAUUUGUACACCAUUUUAUGGCUUGGCAUUAUCUGAAAAAUUGUGUAGAUGGACUUUUACAUACAAUUUCAAAAUGAAGCAUUUUAUAUAUAUAUAUAUAUUUUCCUUCAAUAUUGUUAAUUGUUUUUUAGCAGUCACGUUUAUGUCAGUGUUUUAGUUUUGUUUUUGUUUGUUUUUUCACGUGAUCAGUGUUACUGGUUUUAAAAUAAAGUACUGCCAACUUCACUUUAUCUGUAAUAAAAUAUUUUUGACAUUGGA